CACAAACAGAAGCAGGAAGAGAGUUACAGACAGUGAAGUCUAUAAACAUUCGGAAGUAGAGUCAUUCUGGCUGGUGCCUUGGUCCUUGACACACAUUUAUGCUCAGGUACCAUUUACAGGCAGACUGAAACACUCACAUGGCUAACCAUCUCUCCUUCCUCCUCCUCUUCCUCAUCUUCUACAGAGUCUCAGCAGUCAGCCAUGUGUCUGUGCAGACAGGAGGCUCCAUCACCAUCCCAUGUAGCUAUGAUCAGUAUUACAUAAACCAUGUGAAAUACUGGUGUAAAGGGUAUGGUUGGACUAUUUGCUCCUCUGUAGUACGCACUGACCAUCCUAAGAGCACUGAUAGGGCCUCAAUCUCUGAUGACAUCGCCCAGAAAGUCUUCACUGUGAUCAUGACUGAUCUGGAGCCAGAGGACUCUAAUACCUACAGGUGUGUUGUGGAGAUCAAUGGAGGAACAGAUAGCAUGAUACAAUUGUUCUACCUAUCUGUCACUCCAGCAACCCAAGAUCCAACCACUCAACAACCCUCUGCCUCUCCAACUGCUGAGCCUGUUCAGAAUGACAACACAAGUCAAGGAGCUGAGGGGAACAUGGAGGAAGUCCACCAGAGGUCCGUGAAAGUCCUACUCAUCUCUCUGGGCAUGUUGGUGGUGGUGACAGCUGGUAUCCUAGUAACAUGGAAGAUGUGGAGAAAGCAUAAGGACAAUAAGGCCAAAGACCAGACAACUAACAACUCAGUGUCUGCUGAUCCUGAGAAGGACAUUACAUACAGCACAGUGACCCACACCAGAGAAACAGCAUCGCAGAGCCUAAACUCAGAGAGCCACCAUGACGUGAUGUACAGCACUGUGAUGCCUGAUCAGUUCAGGACAGCAGAGAAGGAUCUAUUUCCUGAAGCUGAUGAUGAUGUCACAUACAGCACUGUCAUCCUCCAGCACAAGGCCCAACUAAAAGGACAGACCAAGUCAGCAGAACCAGAUGAUAAUGUGGUCUACAGCUCACUAGCUCUACAGGUGACCACACACAGCAGAGGGCAGCAGCACAGCAGUGACUGACUGACAGUGAAUCUGGUUGAGUCCUUAACCUGGAAGGACAGAACAAUUCCUCUCCUGUGUCACAACAUCUAUCUGCCUCCAAUAUGCUUCUGUCAUACCUCUUAACCCACCCCAGAAAGACCCCUCUAUCCUGUUGUGUAAUAAACCACUGAAGACCGUA